AUGCCGCUACAAGCUCGCCCGAUCACUCUGUCGCUUAGGCAGACCUGUCUAUACCAUGCCCUCCGACCACGACUGAGUCUACUGGCAGGCGUGCAACCUCGCCAUCAGCACUUCUCCAAAACCGCAUACUACUUCCAAGGCGCAAAGGCCGCCGACACCGCCGUACCACUACGCAAACAGCUAAAGGAAGAAGCAAAACAACGAAAGAAGUCUGCCAAAGCUGCCGGAAAGGGAAACAAUGAAGUCAAUGCAUUGCUGGACAAGUGGGAGUUGACAGUGGGCAUCGAAGUGCACGCCGAACUGAAUACUGCCCACAAGCUCUUCUCGACUGCUCGCACCUCUGUCAAUGCUGAGCCCAACGAACAUGUCGCUCGAUUCGAUGCUGCUCUACCAGGAGCCCAACCAGCAUUCCAAAAGGCUACUCUCAUCCCGGCUCUUCGUGCUGCUCUGGCUAUGAACUGCGACAUACAACCUCGUAGUAGUUGGGACCGCAAGCACUACUUUUACCAGGAUCAGCCGAACGGAUACCAGAUUACUCAGUACUAUGGUAAGAUUUGCUCAUCUCAUGGAACGUUACGCUUUGCUGACUUUCGGCAGNAACCUUUUGCCCGUAAUGGUUCCUUAACUCUGACCUUGGAGGACGGCAUCGAUCCGAACGACAUUGCUGAGCCCAAGGGUAGUGCGGAAAACACAAGCCUCACCAUUGGCAUCAAGCAAAUACAGAUGGAGCAAGACACGGCAAAGACGGCUCUACAACCUCCUUCGACAUACCUCCUGGACUUCAAUCGCGUUUCACAUCCUCUGAUUGAGAUCAUCACUCUGCCCCAGAUACACUCACCCGCCACUGCUGCUGCUACUGUGCGUAAGAUCCAGUCUCUGCUCAAGUCUGUCGACUCGUGUGUUGCUGGCAUGGAGAUGGGUGGCCUGAGAGCCGAUGUAAACGUCAGUGUGAGGCAACGAGGAUCCACAGGCGACAACAACGAGUACUCGGGCGUCACGGGCCUAGGCACAAGAACCGAAAUCAAGAACUUGAGUUCUUUCAAGGCAGUAGAAGAUGCUGUUACUGCCGAACGAGAUCGCCAGAUCAAGGUUCUUGAGGCUGGAGGUGUGAUCGAGGGCGAGACAAGANGCUGGACUAUCGGCAGUACAGAGACAACUCGUCUUCGAAGCAAGGAAGGAGAGGUUGAUUAUCGAUACAUGCCGGAUCCUGACUUGCCUCCUGUUCUGAUCUCGAAUGAGUUGGUGGAUCAUCUACGGAAGACUUUACCAGAGUUGCCAGAUUCAACAGUCAUGAGGACACUCAAUGACUUUGGCCUGUCCAUGAAGGAUGCAAAAACCCUCUUCUCGCUAGACGAUGGCGAGAGACUGGAGUACUGUGCAGAAACGAUUGAGCUGGUCCAGGCAAAGCUUUCUGCUCAAGAAUUGGAUGAAAACCAGGAUCAAGCCAAGGUCGGCAAACUGGUUGCCAAUUGGGUGCUGCACGAGAUUGGUGGCCUGCUCGCUUCAGACGGCCGCGAAUGGUCAGACCUUGCAAUCACAACCGAAGAACUUGCUUCUCUGUUAGCAAACCUCAUGUCGAAGCAAAUCACUGCUCGUGUGGGCAAGCAAAUACUUCAGCAACUCUACGAAGAGGACUCGGAUGACCGAUUAUCUGUCGAUGCCCGCAUUGAUGAAGGGAACCUCCGCCUACGCCCGAUCAGCAGGGAAGAGUACAUUGAGCUGGCCCAGUCAAUCAUGGACGAGAACCCGAAUAUGGUCAGUGCAGUGCGUGACAAGGGACAGAGAGGCAAGACCAUGUGGUUUGUUGGCCAAAUGGUCAGAAGGGCAGAGGAAGGCACUGUGGAAGCAGAAAAGGCAAAGGAGAUCAUCGAAGAGCUUUUGUUCUAA